AUGUUUGGGCUUGUACUGCUCUGCGGAGCGCUGCUAGAGGUCUGCAGUGGCGUUUCUGCGAACAGAGGAGGAUACCCCACUUUUACAGACGAAAUCCCCUUUAAAAUAACCUGGCCUGGGCCAGACUUUACGCUGCCAACAGCAGGUGUUUUGUACAGUGAUGAGGACUAUGUUAUUAUGACAACAACUGAGCAGGAGAAGUACAAGUGUCUUCUGCCUUCUGUCACCCCUGGAGACGAGGACGAUGAGAAGGAUUACAAAGGACUGAGUGCAGGGGAACUCCUGGACCCCUUAUUCAAACGCAGCACCUGUUCAUACAGAAUCGAGUCAUACUGGACCUAUGAAGUAUGUCAUGGCAAAUAUGUCAGGCAAUACCAUGAAGAGAAGGAAACUGGGCAAAAGGUCAGUGUGCAAGAGUAUUUCCUUGGCAAUAUGGAACAGAAGAGUCAGUCCACAGAAAAGGUUGAGGAAACUAAAAGUAAGACAUCUGACGAUGAUACAGAGGUGCCUACUAAGAACAUAGAGGGCCAGCUCACCCCAUACUACUCUAUGGACAUGGGCAACGGGACUCCUUGUUCACUGAAUCAGAACCAGCCUCGUUCUACAUCAGUGCUUUAUGUGUGUCAUCCUGAGGCCAAACAUGAGAUUUUAUCUGUGGCUGAAGUCAUGACCUGUGAAUAUGAAGUGGUGGUGCUGACGCCACUACUCUGUGACCACCCAAAGUACAAAUUCAAGACUUCUCCAGUCAAUGCCAUUUUCUGCCAAGCGUUGUCAGGCUCUCCUCUACGACCACUACGACUAGAACAGCUGGACAAGGAGCGAGAGGAUCAGCUCAAACCGCCAUUCAGCAGCAUUGCCUCUGAAUCUAAAGACAUCCGGCAGUCAGAGAAGAAGGAUGAGGCUCCUCCAGUUAGAGAAGAGGCCUUUACCUCCACUCACAAACCCAUGACUGUUGGAGGACAGACCCAAGUCACAGUGGGAACAACGCACAUCUCUCGUCUAACUGAUGAACAGCUGAUUAAGGACUUCCUCAGUGGCUCCUAUUGUCUGCAUGGGGGUGUAGGGUGGUGGAAGUAUGAAUUUUGUUAUGGAAAGCAUGUACAUCAGUACCAUGAGGAUAAAGAACAGGGAAAGAACAUUGUGGUUGUGGGGAGCUGGAGUCUUGAGGAGCACAUCAAUUGGGCCAAAAAAAAUGUUGCUCGCUCCUUUCAGCUGAAGGAAGAUGGAGUCCAGAAAGUCAAGUUAGUUUCCCACUUUUAUGGACAUGGGGAUGUCUGUGAUUUGACCGGCAAACCAAGACAAGUGGUUGUGAAAUUGAAAUGUAAGGAGUCUGAAUCUCCUCAUGCAGUUACUGUUUACAUGUUGGAGCCUCAAACAUGUCAGUAUGUCCUUGGGGUUGAAUCUCCAGUGAUAUGCAGAGUUCUGGAUACAGCAGAUGAACAUGGACUUUUAUCAAUAUCCAGCUAA